GGUCAGCCGGUUGUAAGGUCAGAGGGUAAAGGCUAUCCUUCUUUCGAUUGUGAAUACACACAGCCAUCUUGGAUCUAACGUAGAGAAGGGAAAUUGAUGCGGUGACAUAAGGCAUGUUUGGUGCUAGAAAGAAAUUUGUCGAGUUCGUUGAGGUAGUCGAUAAUGACUUCUCGGACGAAAGCAUGUACUACAGCCAGCAGUCGAUGUUCCCACAUCGGUCGGACAAAGAUUCCUCAAAUGUUUUCCUUCAGAUGCUGUCGUCUCCCUCGCCAUCGUCGUCGGGUCAGCUGUCGCAGCUUGGUGCGAGUUUGUACGGUCCACAAAGUGCACUCGGCUUCUCAGUAAGAGGCAUGGGGAAUAGUACGCCUCAGUUAAACCGAAAUCUAACGCAAGGCUCGCAGUUACCAAGUCAUAUCACCCCCACAACGGGGGUCCCCACCAUGUCCCUCCAUACCCCUCCAUCACCAAGCAGGGGGUCGUUGCCAAUGAACACGAGAAACAUGCUAAACCACUCUCAGGUCGGUCAAAGUAUUGGGAUGAGCGGCAGGACCAAUAGUAUGAGCAGCUCGGGGCUUGGCAGUCCGAACCGAAGCUCGCCAAGUAUCAUCUGUAUGCCCAAACAGCAGCCAGCGCGCCAGCCCUUCACCAUAAACAGCAUGUCGGGGUUUGGUAUGAACCGAAAUCAGGCUUUUGGGAUGCCCAACUCGUUAUCGAGCAGCAUCUUCAAUGGCACAGAUGGGAGUGAAAAUGUAACGGGACUGGAUCUGUCAGACUUCCCUGCGUUAGCAGACAGGAGUCGGAGAGAAGGGACGGGAAACCCAACACCGGUGCUCAACCCACUGGCUGGACGGGCUCCUUAUGUUGGCAUGGUGACAAAGGCUUCAACAGAACAGACGCAGGAUUUCUCCAUCCACAACGAGGACUUCCCUGCACUGCCUGGCCCGAACUAUAAGGACCCCUCGUUGAGCAACGAUGACGCCAAAACGAACUUGAACUCCGUAACCAAGAGCACAUCGAAUGCAGAUGGACCGAAGUUCCCGGGAGACAAGACGACCUCAGCACAGAACAACAACCAGAAGAAAGGGAUCCAGGUGUUGCCCGAUGGUCGGGUGACGAAUAUUCCCUCAGGAAUGGUGACGGACCAAUUCGGCAUGAUUGGCUUGCUGACAUUUAUCCGGGCGGCAGAGACUGAUCCGGGGAUGGUCCAUCUGGCGCUAGGAAGUGACCUCACGACACUGGGACUCAACUUAAACUCACCAGAAAACUUGUACCCUAAGUUCGCCUCGCCUUGGGCCUCGUCGCCAUGUCGACCUCAAGACAUUGACUUCCACGUUCCAUCUGAAUACUUAACCAAUAUCCACAUAAGAGACAAGUUGGCAGCAAUUAAACUGGCACGGUAUGGCGAGGACCUGUUGUUCUACCUGUACUACAUGAAUGGAGGAGACCUGCUGCAGCUCCUGGCAGCAGUAGAGCUCUUUAACCGGGACUGGAGGUACCACAAAGAGGAGCGGGUUUGGAUAACGAGGGCGCCGGGCAUGGAGCCCACACUGAAGACCAACGCAUACGAGAGGGGAACCUACUACUUCUUUGAUUGUCUUAACUGGAGGAAAGUUGCCAAGGAAUUUCAUCUGGAGUAUGAUAAGCUGGAGGAGAGGCCUCACGUGCCGACAACAUUCAACUACAACCCAGCCCAGCAGGCCUUCUAAGGCCCGACCAGUCCAAAAGGCUGCAGCGGUUCCUGCACACAACACUGUUGGUCCAGGAGGUGGCGCUGUGGUUCACAGAGCUCGGUUUUUAUUCCUCGAGGAUUUGACUAUCUUGACUGCGGGGGUCGUCGCCACCAUUAAAACUGCCCUGCCUUUCCAAAAUUACAUGCUGCCCAAAACACCAACACUUGUUCUGUUUUUAUUCUUUAUGUUCCUCCUGUUUUUUUGUCUUGUUUCCAGCAGGGUCUGUGUUAUGUUUACGUCUCUGAAUCUGAAGCCUGUUUUCUUUUAGAAAAGGAGGACGGACCUUUUUGGCACAGGACAGUGACAGAUCAAGGUUUACGCCUCGCCAAGUGUUAAGAACAGAAAAAGGCGAGGAAGUUAACAUCCUCAGACGAAAGUGAAAGGGUGAAAGAAAUGCAAUGUUUAUUGUUGCACUAUAUUUAGUAAUAAAAGAACACAAAAUUUG